CAUCAUCUUCCCCCGCACGUAAGUCAAUCGCACCAGACUGUCAAACCAAUACCCUCUUCUUCGCCUUGCGACGCCAAUUGCAUCACACACACGCCAUGAACUCCGACCUGGGCCGCCCGCGGACGCGAGCGACCCGCAAGCGAAAUACUACCUCGUACGCAGACGACGACGACGAUGACGACGACACGCCCCUCGGCUGCCAAUCCAGACCGCAUAAAGCCAAAAAGACGAAGAGCGCACCCGAAGUAAUCGACCUGACGGGAGAUUCUCCCAAGAAGACUCCUGCUAAGAAGAGAGGCAAGCGCGACGCCGAUGCGCCUGCCGAAGAGAAGCGUGCGAGAGUGUUCCGCAAGCAGGCACCACAAAGCUACCUCGCGAUUAAAGAAAGAGCAUUCACACAGCGCCUUACAGUCCUUUCGCGUGAACGCUGUGGAAGCGAUGAUGUGCCCGAGGAGAAAGUCGUUGUUGCAGGCUCCACAGGCAACGUCUACACCGUCUCAGUUGGUCUCGUCCCAAGCUGUGACUGUCCACACGCGAACAAGGGCAAUCAAUGCAAGCACAUCAUAUACGUCAUGCUGCGCGUGCUGAAGGCACGAGAGGACAUCGCAUACCAAUUAGCCCUCAUCCGCUCUGAGCUGCGCGAAGUCAUCAAGAACGCCCCGCCCAUUCCAGGCGUUGAGACAGACGGGAAGGACGGCACGGAACAAGAAGGCCAAGACGGCAAUCGCAAGCCCAUCGAGGGUGAAUGCCCCAUCUGCUACGACGAGCUGGGCGAAAACGAACCCAUCGUAUACUGCAAAGCCAGCUGUGGAAACAACGUGCACAAAGCCUGUAUGGCGAAUUGGAUCGCGGCCUCGAAAGGCAAAGCGACUUGUCCAUACUGCCGUGCCAAGUGGGAGGCAGACACAGGCUUCGAGGGCAAGCUGGGUGAUGUCGAUACAAAGAACUUGGAGAGGAACGAGGACGGCUAUGUCAAUGUCGCCGGACACCUCGGCCUCAGUGGUGAGCGUGAUUAUUCCACAUAUCAUCAGUACUGGGUCCGACGGCAUUUAGGCCAUGGUGGACGGAGGAGGGGUGGUUACGAUUACGAUGACGACUACUAGGCCCAUUCUUGUCGAGGCAUGCGUAGGCAGGAAUUGUGUAUUUGGCGUUCAGGACAGUGAUACCCAGUAGCGACAGGCACGCGGCACCGUGCAAAAUAGUCUUUCAUCUGUUGUAUGUCUACACCAAGUGCUCCUUUGAUAUAAUGUUUUCUCGCUUUCCUUCGUUCAAUAUCAUGCGUAUUCACUUUCCCCAUCUUCAAAUCCACUCACCUCGGCCGCAUCGGAAAUUUAGCACAAAUAGCGAUCGCCACGUCCGCGGGCGCAACUCCCCCAACAUACCCACCUUCCACAGGGCGUCUUGCAUAAUCAAGAAAUCGAUCCACAUGAUCUGAACAUGUCACCUGCAUCCGCUCGCCUCGGAAACCGAGUCGUUUCCAGCCCCACAACCCUUG